CCCCCAUGCAGCGGGAGCGCGGGGAGCAGAGCCCAGGAGCCCCCGAAACCGAGGUCAAGGCUGUCAUCGUCGGGGAUGGCGGCUGCGGGAAGACGUCGCUGCUGGUGGCCUUCGCCAAAGGGGACUUCCCCAAGGUCUAUGUCCCCACCGUGUUUGAGAAGUACACAGCGUCCCUCCAGGUUGCCGGCAAGCCCGUGAAGAUCCACCUGUGGGACACAGCAGGACAGGAAGACUACGACAGGCUUCGCCCUCUGUCCUACUCAGAUGCCAACGUUGUCCUAAUGUGCUUUGAUGUCACCGACUCCAACAGCUUUGACAACAUCCUAACAAAGUGGUACCCGGAGGUGAACCACUUCUGCAAGGGUGUCCCGGUGCUGCUGGUGGGCUGCAAGACGGACCUGCGGCAGGACCAGGAGGCGCUGCAGAAGCUGAAGGACGGGCGGAUAGAGCCCGUCUCCCGCCAGCAGGGAGAGGCCAUGGCCCGGCAGGUCCGCGCCGUGUCCUACAUGGAGUGCUCGGCCAGGUACCAGGACAACGUCGGGAACAUCUUCGUGACAGCCUGCAAUGUCGCCAUCAGCGCCGCCCGCCGGAGGCAGCGCAAGGCGGGACCCAGGAGGGGCUGCGCCAUCCUCUGA